GGCUGUAACAUGUAACAUUUAAAUUGUUCCAUCAAAAACGUCAGUGUUACUUACACAGUGUCCGAGUAUAGACAUAUAUGAUGUCGCUCCAAAUAGCUGCUGCUGCAUACAUUUAUAUUCAUCUCGCUCUGAAGAAAAACAGUAAAAGACGAAGACGAUGGUGGACAACGCAUUUAUAUACUCGACGUGAAGAGACAGGAGGAAACACUUUAUUACAAGAUUUAAGGACACAAGAAAUAAAUGGACAAUUUCAAAAUUUUAUGAGAAUGACAUCAACAGAUUUUGAUUUUCUUAUAAAUUUGAUUGGGCCUAAAAUUGUUAAAAGUGAAACAAUUUUAAGAAAACCGAUAUCAGUGCAGGAAAGGCUAGCAGUAACUCUAUGAUUUCUAGUAACUGGCGAAUCAUUCACAAGUUUACAAUAUUUGUUUCGAAUGUCAAAACAAGUUAUAAGCAACAUAGUGCCUGAAGUGUGUGAAGCAAUUAUUGAU